GACGCGGCGUCGGGGCGGAGCUCGCCUCUUCCCACUGCCUCCUCCUCGCGCGGGCGCCAUGGGCUGGGAGGAGAAGCAGGUCCGCGGGUACUCCGAGUUCGUGCAGACUGCGCAGCGCUUCCACGGCCGGCCCAUCUUCGCGCUCUUCUGCGGCGACAAGGAUGCUGAGGGCAGGAGUUGGUGUCCUGACUGCGUGACGGCUGAACCAGUGGUGAGGAUGGAACUUCAUAACAUGCCUGAUGAGUCUGUAUUCAUCUAUUGCCUAGUAGGAGACAGAGCCUACUGGAAAGAUCCCAACAAUGAAUUCAGGAAGAAUCUGAAGCUAACAGGAGUGCCUACACUACUUAAAUAUGGAACACCUCAGAAGCUGGUUGAAGAAGAAUGUUUUAAAGCAGAACUUGUGCGGAUGUUGUUUACUGAAGACUAAGCCCUCAAGCAGUCAAUAAUUUACGAUGAUGUUAAUCUUGAGUUACUUGCAAUGUCCUUUCAAGGAAUCUUUAACCUUUUUUAAAAUUUUCAUGGUUAAGUACUUCAAACAAAUCAAGGUAAACACCAUUAAAUUCUAGAUACAAAUUUUCCAGUAAAAUCUUGCAACAAAAUAAAGUAUCUUUCUUUUCAUGUUCAAAUAAA